ACAAUGGCAACUGCACCUUACAACUAUUCCUACAUCUUUAAGUACAUCAUUAUUGGGGACAUGGGUGUAGGAAAGUCCUGUUUGCUUCAUCAAUUUACAGAAAAGAAGUUUAUGGCGGACUGUCCCCACACAAUUGGUGUUGAAUUUGGCACGAGAAUAAUUGAAGUUAGUGGCCAAAAAAUUAAACUACAGAUUUGGGAUACAGCAGGACAAGAGAGAUUCAGGGCUGUCACACGAAGCUACUACAGAGGAGCAGCAGGAGCUCUCAUGGUCUACGACAUUACCAGAAGAAGUACGUAUAAUCACUUAAGCAGCUGGCUGACAGAUGCAAGGAACCUCACCAAUCCAAAUACUGUGAUAAUCCUCAUAGGAAAUAAAGCAGAUCUGGAAGCACAGAGGGAUGUUACAUAUGAAGAAGCCAAACAAUUUGCUGAAGAAAAUGGUUUAUUGUUCCUUGAAGCAAGUGCAAAAACUGGAGAGAACGUUGAGGAUGCGUUCCUGGAGGCUGCCAAGAAAAUCUACCAGAAUAUCCAAGAUGGAAGCCUGGAUCUGAAUGCUGCAGAGUCGGGUGUACAGCACAAACCAUCAGCUCCACAGGGGGGGCGACUAACCAGUGAACCCCAGCCCCAGAGAGAAGGCUGUGGCUGCUAGUGACCUCUGUUUCAUGGCUCCAUUUCUGACCUUUCACCUCGUGUCUGUUGGAAGCGGUGCUUUUGACUGCUUCCCUGUCUUCUGUACAUCUUCUUGGGUUUAAUUAAAACUCUGAGACAAGUUUAACACAGUACUAAACUGCUAAACGACUUUAGAUGUAAUCAGGUUAUCAAAGGCAAGUAGAGUAAUAAAACCUCUCCUGCAUGGUAAAUCUAGAAGUUUUUUUUUCCUUGAUUGUCCUUGUGAUAGUGUCACCGAUACCUAAUUUAAACCGAGCACUGAUGCUGGACUCAUGAUUUUACACUUUCGCAGGGCUUUGUCUUGUACGGUUUAAUUUUAUGGUUCUUUGGCCUUUCUUCCCCACCUCUGACUGUUUAGAGCUGUCCAUAGUAAAGGAUGAGUUUUUGCUGUGAAAUGGCUUCCGAUGGUAGCGAGGGGCUCUGUAACAUGUGCUUUUGUUGGAAGAAUUCCCUGUGGUGUGUGUGCCGGGGGUCGGGGUGGGCUGGCGCAGGAGCGUUCAACUUGCACAGGGAAACAAUCCGCUCGUUCUCGCCGCUCAUAGCUUUACGUAAUUUUUUUGCCACUUUUAUCCUUUACAUUUGUUAACAGAACGUAAAUAUGUAUAAAAUCUGAAGGAACUUGAGCUAACAGUUAAAUACAUCCUGUGUAUAUGAUUUUAAUGAAGAAAAUGAUUACUGGCAUUAGAACAGUAUAUAAGAAAAUACCAGUUUGUACAGUAUGACCUGUAUGUGACCACGUUGCCCCUUAGUACAGAAAUUGAUGUAACUGCAGUUCACUAACAUAGGCUUAACUCCUUGGUGUUGCCAGUGGACAUUGUGCUGGAGGAACGCUAAUCCCGACGCAGAAACUAACACUAGUGGAAUCUGUCUUUCAUCUUUGCACUGUGGUAUCUCUCUGCCAUUUUAUGAAUCCUGUUCUGUGCAAUCGGCAGUGUGCUAACCCGCUUCUCUCUUCUGUAAGCGUUUUGCAUUAUUGGGCUUCAUCACCUGCCUUGCAUCGUAUACAAAGGCUGGUUCUCUUGCACAUCUUAUGCUUUUGUACCUUUAACUUUUUGAAUGGUCCGAGGCUGAAGUGGACAGUUGAACACCACCUGUGCUCUAGGGAUUUUUAACUACUGUUGUAUUUUAAGUCCUGUGUGAGGGUUUCUUUUAAGACUUGUACCCUUUGAGUAUGUCCCUCACAGGGUGACACAACCUGUAAUGCUUGUAGGAAGGGGAGAGAGGGAGUGGUGACCAUGGGGGGGAGGGGCUGCCAUGGUACUCCAUGUGGGGUUUGCUGUGGUGUCAAGACUGUGCUGUCUGGCUCUCUACAUGUGGUACUGCUGUGCUUCACUUGGAAAACAUCACCUGUGGUUUAAAAAUGGAAGGGGGUAAGUGCUUAACCAGGAUCAAAUGUCUGACUUUAGUCUUACUGCAGUGUUUAAAAUACAAAGUAGUUUUAAAAUUCCUCUCUAGACACUAAAACUAUACAAUGUUCAGACUUGUAAGUAAACAGUGGUACCAGAGUAUUGUACAGUCAAUGUUAAAUAAAAGCCAAAACUGGAAUGUGCAGAUAAUACAAUUUGGGUAACUUGUGCACUGUCCCUUUGUUUUGUCUGGUUAGUCCUUUUUUUAACUAAUAAGUAGAUGGGUAUGUUUAAGAUCUACAGCUAAUGCAUCCUGCUUAAACCAAGGUUGCACCACAAAGGGUUUGCCCAGGGACCAUGACCUGCUGCUGCCAUGAAGUAAAUGUUCUAAUGACUACAGCUUGUUGAGGUGCAAUACCUGUACUCCCAGAGUUAAGUUACAGUAGGUCUUAUUGUUUCUGUCACAGAAAGGAUUUGUCUGGACUGCUGUACUCCUCAUUUGAUGUAACAAUGCUAUUAAUCUAAAUAUUUGUAAAUAAAGUACCUGUAUCUAGAUAAA